GUGCUUCUCGGGGAGACGUACCAAUUGAGUGAGAUUGGAGUUUUUAAAGAGUAGAAAGCGGCUUACAUUCAUUAUUCAUUUUGCGAACAUAGCUGUCAAAUUUCAAACACGACGGUUGACUGUUACCUGUCAUCUCGUUGAAAGAAAUUGAAAUUAACAUUGCCAAAAAUUGAAGAUAAUAGUCAACAAAAUGAGUGAUAUAUCGGAAGAAAAAACGCAAGAACGGGUUUAUGGCGGUUGCGAAGGACCAGAUGCAAUGUACGUAAAGCUUAUUUCGUCAGAUGGCCACGAAUUUAUAGUCAAAAGAGAGCACGCAUUAACUUCUGGAACCAUUAAGGCAAUGUUGAGUGGACCUGGACAGUUUGCGGAGAAUGAGGCUAAUGAAGUGAAUUUUAGAGAAAUUCCGUCUCACGUUCUACAGAAAGUUUGCAUGUACUUCACAUAUAAAGUACGCUAUACAAACAGUUCUACUGAGAUACCGGAAUUUCCAAUUGCCCCAGAAAUCGCUUUGGAAUUGUUAAUGGCCGCUAAUUUCUUAGAUUGUUAGGAGCUGAUUAACGCAACAUUGCAAACUAAUAUGAAGGAGAAUCGGGGAAUACCUUUUAUUUUGUGAUGAUUCGUAUAGCAGUUCCAAUAGAAAGUAUACUAUUUUCUUGAAUAUCGUUGCAUAAGUCAUUUACAUUUAUAAGGAUUUCUUUGUUAGUGGUGUGAUUUUGAAGUUUCUUUUACAAUUUAAGUGUAAUUAUAUAACUACUGCUUAAUUGAUUAAUACAAGUGACUACUGAAUUUUAGUUAUUGUGAAUGAUGCGUGGCUGCAAUAAAAUAUUUGUUUUAAGACUA